CUCUUUCACAUCUUUGUUUCGCUUCGCUUCCGCCGCUUCCACCCUUCCCACCUACCACUGCUUCCACUUCUUCCCUCUCCCACCUUGUUUUGAUCUUGGAUUGAGGUUUGAGUGGCAAGGCAAGGUUGGCAAGGUCUUGCAGCGACGCACUGGUAACACUGCAAUGCUGGGGUAGCGUUGGUAUUAUCCUCAGUCGAAGGCCAUAAAUCAUCAUUGGUUUCGCCUGGUAGCGUUACAGCGUUUCAAAAUGUUGCAUCAAGCGCCAGAUGUCACAAUACCAACAACGUUACAGCAUGAAGUUCAUUGAACCAUUGCCGGUGACAGUGGUAACUGGUGGUAACCCCAAUGAUACAUAGGUGUUUGUUCCAAAUAUCAGAUGUUGACAUCCCUGUGUACUCCACCGAAUCCCAUGACAGGGAUUGGUAGUAACCUAUGAAGGCCCUCCUAGUUCAGAAUUGAAAGGGAGAUGUCACACGCCAAGCGCGACAGUGCAUGUUAUCGGCCGUACGAUGCUGAAUGGGAAGCCAAAGAGGAGCUGCAGCUCCGGGAGCUCGAAGAAGCACGAGCAAGGGCUGCCCAGAUGGAGAAAACUAUGCGUUGGUGGUCGGACUGUACAGCCAACUGGCGUGAGAAAUGGAGUAAGGUUCGUAUAGAACGCAAUAAGGCAAGAGAAGAAGCCAGGUUGCUUAGAGGAAAGGUGGAGUCAUGUUCCAAAGAGGCAGCCAAUUUACGUCGCGACAAGCAAGAGAUGGAGUCAGAAAUGGAUAAACUGCGUAGGGAGAUUGACUACUUACGGAUAACAGAGGAGCACCGCCUGCCGCAGCAAGACGUUCCACCACUGUCCGCACCGUCAUCUACACCAGUGGCACCUUCAAAUGCAUCAACCUGUGACUUGGAGUAUUUUGAGAGGUUGCUUGACCAAGAAGCUAGUAACGGGCAAAAAGGCUCUGAUGUGACUGACCAGAAGGCAUCCUUACUUCAGCUAAGGCUUGAGGAAGCAGUUAAAAUGCUCCAUUCAGAAAGGCUAGAAAGGAGUCAGCUACAGAAAAACCUUGAAAAGCAGGCAGCUGAGUUAGCUCAACUUAAAGCCAAACAUGAUGAGCUGCACCAGUCAAGACAGAAUACACUGAAGGAGCUGAACCAGGUGAGGGCAGAGCACCAAGAUGAACUGGAUUGCAUUCGAAUGGACCUCGAAGAUGAGGCAAGUGGUCGCACCUGCCUGGAUCAGAGACUUACCGAGCUUCGGUCCCAGCUGGAGAGGUUGCAGGGUGAAAAUGCUGCAGAAUGGGGACGACGAGAGCGGCUUGAAACGGAGAAGCUAGCCUUGGAGCGAGACAACAAAAGCUUGAAAGCUUCGCUGAGAGAAUUGGAGGAGCAACUCCAGCAUUGCUCAGAGCAGUCUCUUAAUGAUGUUGACCAUACUGCACUGCAAGUUGAGCUUCAACAAAAAAACAAGGAAUUGUGCGACUUGAAGCAUGCACACUGCAAGCUCAAGAAGGUGCUACAAGAAAAAAGCACAGAGUUGCUACAUGAGCUGAGACGUUCUGAGCAGUAUGAAGUUGAAGUGAAGAAAUUACGAGGUCGUAUUGAGGAGCUCAAACGAGAGUUAGCAGCUGCUGAAGAUGAAGUAGACAGCUCAACCAACAAUAUUCGCAAGCUGCAGCGCUCUAACGAUGAACUGCAAGAACAAGUGGAAACUCUCCAAGUUCAAAUUGAACACCUGCAGACAAGCUCCAGGGAAGGUCAUCUUCCUUCUGACAACCUUGGAACUAUCCAGGCUGAAGAACAGCACGUCGCUGAAGCUACACAGCUUGCACCACCUCAACAGCCACGCAGUGCAGGCUGCUGACUUUCUCAGUGAAGACGACAGCUGAGAGUAAACAGGCAUCAUUUUCUUGAGACUCUGCCCAGUCUAAUAUUGUGUGAGGCACCUGUGCUCCCUAGAUGCACAGUACUAUGGGAGCACCAAUCCAUCUGAAGUUUCUCUUCUUUACCAACAGAAGAUUGCUAUGAUUUAUUUAUAAAUUGUCUUAACAUGGGCUGUCACAGAAGCGUUGGGACAACCAGUGUAAAAUAGUUUUUCAUUUUCGAUCCCCUCUGUUAGCAUCUUGACUUCAUGAAAGUCACAGGCGACACGUUUGCUGGAAGUCAGAACAGGUGAUGUAGAAUGAUCCUGCUUCUUGCAUGUCGCACACAUAGAAAUGGAAUACAGGGACCUGACAAAAAUUAGCUUGUCCAACUAUUAUUUCGUUGCUUUUAUUUGGUGUAGGCCGAUACUAAAUAUAGGCAGAGAAUUGCCACAAACUAGUCCAACUCCAGGAACCACUAUAAUUGUGCCCAAGUAAAAAGUUGUUUUGGGAGUCACACCCAAAUGUCUAUCCUAAUCGACUUUUCAGCCCACAUUGUAACUCUGAAUUCCCCUAUCACAAAUGUUUUUGAACUAAUGAACAUACUUGUUGCAGUUUUGUUACCGUACCCCACCAUGGUGUUGUUGUAAUUGGAUUAUUUGCAACAUGUUCUUCCUAUAGUGGGCAAACUUUUGUUCUCCCCCCUUUAAGAGGGUGGCUGGAACUGGCACUGCACUUUACACAGUGUAAAUACACAAGACAACUCCGUAAUGUUCUGUAUAUAGAGAGCUCAACUAGCUCAACAUCAUUCACGGGUUGUACCAAACUUGUACCACUUGUACCAAACUGCUGAGUACUGAUAAAUUUGACAAUGUUCUGC